AUGGAACCUUCGCACAGCAAACAGACCCAGACCAAAGCCGAUUCUUCGUAUUUUGGGAUGGAUACUUCGGAGCUUCUCCGUACCUUCACCAGACUUGACGCCCGAGCACUUCGAGCAAAGCGAGCUCACGCAAAACUGGAGCUAGACCACAGAGCCACUCAAGCAGCUUUGAAGCAAGCCACCGAUGAGCUUGACCAAGUUUCCAGGCUGGCAGAGAUCUUUUACGACCUCCCCCUAAGAUUAGUGGACCAGAUGCUAGGGGCUCGGGCAGCCAGCGGGAACGGUCAAGAUCGGGGGUCGGCCGACGCAAUUCUUGAUGCGGUGUUGAAGCAAAUCAAGAAACUGGAAUCAGAAAGUACAGGAAGCAGUUUUAAUGAGGCUGAGGCCAACGCUAGCGCAAGUACUGCGGCGACGGACAGUUGA